GCGCCUGCGCAGCCCGCAAGUUCCGCCCCUGCGCCUUCCCAUCCCGUUCUACCGCGGCCAACAUGGCUGCUCCCUGUGUGUUUUGUGGUGCAGCCGUUUCCUAUCGACUCUUUCUCGGGUGUAGGGUUAGCUUUGCGCGGGGACAAGUCCUCUGGAAAGCCGCAGCUCCUGAACUGCAGGCAGGUGCCAGAUGCCAGAUAUUAAGGCUGAGACACACUGCUGUUGUGACAACAAAGAAAAAUGUUGCAGCCUCAAGACGUGAAACUUACACAGUGGAUUUUAUUAAAAAGCAGAUUGAAGAGUUCAAUAUAGGAAAGAGACACUUAGCCAACAUGAUGGGAGAAGAUCCAGAAACUUUUACCCAAGAGGAUAUUGAUAGAGCUAUCGCUUACCUUUUUCCCAGUGGUUUGUUUGAGAAGCGAGCCCGGCCAAUAAUGAAGCAUCCUGAAGAGAUUUUUCCAAAACAAAGAGCAAUCCAGUGGGGAGAAGAUGGCCGUCCAUUUCAUUUUCUCUUUUAUACUGGCAAACAGUCGUAUUAUUCGUUAAUGCAUUUAGAGCAAUCUCCCUGGGCUUCCCCGCUCCCAGUCGGCUCUCUCUCGGUGGCUUGGAACUUCUGCCCCGCCUUCCCCUGCUUUCUAGAGUUAUCUGGGGUUGAUUCGUGCUCCACAGACCCAGAAGACGAAAUCCUCACUUGUCAGGACACAUAUGGAAAGCUCCUAGAUGUAGAAAAACAUCACAACCAGUUGAGAGCCAAAGAUCUCUUGGCAGAAAAAACGAAAAUCUUAAAAGACCCGAUUGGCAGCAGAUGGCUGAUUAAGGAGGAACUGGAAGAAAUGUUAGUGGAAAAACUGUCAGAUCAAGAUUACGCACAGUUUAUUCGGCUAUUGGAAAGAUUAUCGGCGUUGCCAUGUGGUGCCACUGAAGAAGACUUUGUGAACAGGUUCCGUCGGAGUAUACCUAUUCAAUCAAAAAAACAGCUGAUUGAGCCUUUGCAGUAUGACGAGCAGGGGAUGGCCUUCAGCAGAGGCGAAGGUAAAAGAAAAACGGCAAAGGCAGAAGUGGUUGUUUAUGGCCAAGGAAGUGGGAGAAUAGACGUGAACGGAGUCGACUACCUGCUCUACUUCCCAGUGACACAGGACAGAGAACAGCUGAUGUUCCCCCUCCACUUCCUUGACCGGCUUGGGAAGCACGACAUGACCUGCGCGGUGUCGGGGGGCGGGAGGUCGGCGCAGGCAGGGGCCGUCCGCUUGGCGAUGGCGAGAGCCUUGUGCAGCUUUGUCACCGAGGACGAGGUCGAGUGGAUGAGACAAGCUGGACUGCUAACCGCUGACCCCCGUGUCAGAGAACGGAAGAAGCCAGGCCAAGAGGGAGCCCGUAGGAAGUUCACCUGGAAGAAGCGCUAGGUGAUUUCAGCAGGAGAGGAGCGAGCACCGUGAGAGCCUGCCUGGCACCUGGCGCACGCAUGGGGCACCUGGCGGCCCCGGCAGCACCACCAGACAUCGGAGCUGUGAGAGGAUUGGUUUUAAAAUGCUACUUUGUAAAGGUGACCUUGAAAAAAAAAUUCUUUUUUAAUGUUUAGCUUUGUUAUGUUGCUUUAUUUUUAAAAGCUUUUCAGAAGAGAGUUCUAGAAGCACAACUCUUAGAAUCUUGGCAUGUUUGACCUGAAAGGAGCAUCAGCCAAACCUGGUCAAGAAAACCUCCUUUUGCAGACAAGAAGGCCCAGCCCCACAGAUCUAACCAGCCAGAGCUGCGUUGCUAAUUUAAUGACAGAGUUAGGCUUGAACUCGUUCCUUCUGUUCUCUUGUUUUCCCAGAGAACAGUUGUUACAGCGUUAUUUUUCAAAGCUGAGGGAUGAGAGUUCUUGUUCAGAAGAAUGAAAUAAGUGGAGCAUCUUUGUCAGGAGCUGGCCGAUCUGGAGUGGCCUGAGCUGCCAGGGGUCAAGUAGCAGAUUAAGAUAGCAGGCCCGUCCCCUCCCUGGCCCAGCAGCCACCAUUCUACUCUCUGUUUCUGUGAGUUUGACUUUUUUUUAAAUUCUACGUAUAAGUGAUACCGUGCAGUGUUUGUCUUUCUUUGUCUGGCUUAUUUCACUUAGCAUAAGACUUCCAAAUCAGUACAGACUUGCAGUUAGAGGAGGAAUCAGUUGAGGAUCUCGCUUUAUUUAGCAUGUCUGUGAAACCUUAAAAUACUUUCCAAAGUUC